UGCUUGAGUAAAGACUAUAGAAAGGUCUCUAGAAUGUAUGAAAUGUUAUAAUAAUCUCUAAUGUUUUUAUUCAAAGUGAUGAUGAUAAAGUGUUUCCCACUGAAAUGUUUUUUAUCAAUAAAAACACUAACAAUUAUUCUUCCUUUUUUUCUCUGCUCAGUCACUGUGUAUAAUCGUGUGUUUGGUAUUCGGAACUGCAUGGCUUUCUCCUUUGAGUUGAAGAAGAAGAAAUAUUUCCCCGUUGUCAUUGGUGAUAAGAUUAGCUUCGAGGAAAAGUUAAAGUACGAGGAGAAAAAGUUCUUCUUUCAAUGGGCUGAGAAAACAGGAGAAUCGAAGCGUUUGGAGUCAGUUGCUGAACCCAACAAGUACCUGGCUGUUGAAAACAACAAAGUUACCAUCCGACAUCAAAUCCAAUCAAAUCCGACAUAUUUUAGGAUUCAUAGCAAGAAAAAAGGAAGAUCAACUAGAAGGAGAUUUAAGGCGAAUAUAAUCUGCAACAGUGAAGGUGAAGAGGUGGUCACCAUGCACCCCCAUAGGAACCAGAAAACCCAAAAUAACACUUUAAAAGAAAGAAAGAAAAAAUGUGCUUUGGGUUCUGAAAAACAAAGACACUGGGGGAUUAAACAACACAAGGAACGCAGAAGGUCAUGCAUGACACCAAACAAAGCAUAUCCGAAUACCAGAAACAGCGUGUGCAUUUGUUGCAAAGGCAGAUCAAUUCGAAGGACAGUUGUGGCGAAUAUGAAAAGCAACAGAGAAAGUUCCCUUAAAAGGAAAACAAGAUCAUCCAGCAAGUACAUUUCGGUUAAGAGAAACAACUUGAAUGGUACAAAAAAAAUGCAACUUGGAUGUUAAGAAUGUCUGAAUGUAAAGUUAUGUUAAAUUUGACUAUCUGUGGCUUUAUGACAUCAUCACAAUUGUAUUACUUAAAUGAAUCAGACUUAAGUGAAUCAUGACCCAAGUUUAACCUGUUGACUAACAACACACAGGACAGGAAGAUAAACCAUAUGAGAUUUUACUGCAUUGCCUGUAUCACCUACUUUAAUCAUUUUUUAUGGAGCUAUUUCACCUUUUGCAAAUCCUUUUUUGAUGAGGCUGUUGGUUGCAUUUCCAGUAUUUCACAAACAACUAUAAUUGUGUAACAUGAAAUACAUGGUUUGAGAUCUGCUGAACGGAUCAUCUGGAAGUUCAAAUACACACAUUUUUGCUAGCUUAUUUAUAUUAACAUUAACACAACAUGUAUGCUUGCAUACCGUAAUGCUUCUAACAUCAGUUUCCAAUGCUGUGUUUUCACACUCUAUUGUUGUAUAAGAAAGUUUCUUGGCAUCUGUUAAAGCUUACAUAAGACGAGAUGAACCUGUCUGAACACAGAUGUGAUCUCUUGUUAUGAGGAGAAGGAGAUGCUGCGGCCUGAGAUGUUGCAAUUACAGUACAAAAAUACAGUAGAAGUCAUUUAAGCAUGUUUUUAUCUAUUAAUGUAUUUAAAAUAUUCAAUAUUUUAUUACACUUAUUUA